AUGGGUUUCCAUGGAUUUAACACACCAAUAUGGAUACUUGUAAUUUUUUUGGCUUUAUAUCGCAGUAAUCUAGUGGAAUCCGCGGAUACCGCGGCCCAGAUUGCACCUAAUGAAGAGCAAAAACCAGGUAUGAUUGUUUUGUCACUUUCGCCUGAAUGGAACGAUUCCUCAUCGCAGGCGACAUAUCCUCAACCAAAUCAAGCCUUUCAACCAGUAACAUCGCAAUUAUCGCAACCUGGCCAAGCUCAAUCAGGGACAUCGCAAACCUCGCCACCUGAGCACCCUUUACAAGUGACCCAAGAACCUGUAAUUAUAGAUCCGGAAAAUUUGACUAAAGAACAACUCGUUGACUUGCUUGUAAAAUAUUGUGCAGAUUUUACUGAAUUGAAAUCUCGCUUUGAUUAUUUGAAAAACUUGACCGAAAGGCUAUCAAAGCCACCACCUUUAGGGGAUCAAUCUGUUAUUCUGAACAUUAAUUCUAAAAUGAGUACGGAUUUAUUUAAAUACACUAAAGCAAAUAAUGUUGAUACGUAUAUCCCACGGGAAGGUUUUAAAUUUAAGCUGGUAAGACAAUACAAGGAGGUCUUGUGGCACACUCUAAAUCGGGCACUAUACGCAAAUAAGGUAGAUGUAUAUGAUUCUGCGCCUUAUAAGGUUACCAAGGAAGACGGAACUGAGGAAUUUGUUGAUAAACACAAGGCUAUUAUUCAUCACUCUGAUGGUAAACAGUCUGAAGUUUUGUUCACACUAGAACCUGAGGAUAAUGUAUUCCUAGUUCAACUUGACAUUGGAAUCAAACAUUCGACUAAAGCAUUUGUCUAUAAAAGAAAUCCAGUUUUGCAUCGCCAAAAGUUUAUUUGUAAGCCCGAAUUUUUAUUUACAAAGGUAUGGAACAAUGGUAGGGUGGUUUGGCCUCCUGUACCUGAUCCCUCAAAGCCGGAAGAAGAAACACUCUAUUCCAGAAAAGUUUUAAUAGACAGUAGUGAUGGAAGUCCCAGGUUGAGAGUGUUCUUUUAUGGAGCUAAUGAGGAGGACGACGACGAUGAAGCGGACCCUAACUACGUCAUUGUCCCCAAUCCUAACUUGGCCAGCUUACAGGUUUCUAGACCAACGGACGUCCAGCCACCUUCACAAGAUACUAUGGCCGUUGUUUCACCUCAAAAGGAAACAGGCGUUAAACCGGCUCCCACACCUGAAACUGCAUUUUUGGAUAAAUCAGAAUACCCGCCAGAAAUUAAGUUGUAUGAACCCUAUCCUAGCGAUACCACCAAGGUCAUAGAGCUCGAUCAAGACAAAUACAUGGUUGUUAAGCCAGAAGAUAACGUGUUUAAUUACCAGUUUAAGCCUGAAGUUAAAUGUAAUUUUCUGGCAUAUAACACCACUCAAGUUUGGUACCACGACAUCACUUUACACAAAGACCCAUAUGCUUCAUGGAUUUCCUACAGACACCAAAAUAGGAUUUUUGUAUUUGCGACGAAUCUAUUUAUAUUCGAGAAGCAGUCUGAUGAAAAUUGGCCUGGUAGACCUCUGUACAUUAAAUUUUAUGCUUACGACCCAAUAGAAAACUUAAACGACUUAGAGAUUAACCCGACACAAUAUGAGUUGAAGGAUACACCUGUAUCUAAUGAGUUUACAUUUAAGUUUAAGGACAAUGUUAAGUGUUCUGAGGUGAGGCAUAAGGAUAUUGUGAUAUGGUCUUACAACAAGAGUAGAGACGGAACCAAUUUCCCUAAACAUGUGGUGUUUGUGGAGGACACUACAAUCACUGUUGUACUUGACGGAAAGGAGUUUACCUUUAAUGCGGAUGGUUCCACUCCACAGGCUCAAUUUACCCCAGUCACCGAAGCAGCUCCAGCUCCUGGGCCUGGCAAGCCAACACAGGAAGGCCAAGAAGCUCAAGCUGCAGUUUUGACUAUGGACCAAUUACAACAGUCAACUUCUCAAGCCGCGGCUCUAACUAAAGAUGGAACUGCUCAGAAAGAAGCUAGUGUAGACAUCCAACUUUCCCUAGACCACGAUGAAGGUGAAGAUGUAGAUUUCUGCCUUCUUCAGGAACACGAUCGUAAUGUUGGUCAGACCACACCGAUCAUGGGUUUGAUUGCUGAAGGUAAAGUUCCCUCCGACGAUGAAUCUAACCCUCCUCAGACUAAAGGCACUACGCCAGAUGGAGUUGAAUUCUCAGACGUCAAGUUGCCCAAAGACGAUGAGGAUAAUGAACCUGUAUCUUCACCUGUAACGGCACAAAUCCAAAGAGCUGGUGCGGUUGCCCAACGAGCUCAGCCCCGUACCAUUUCUACCUCUGCGCUCACAGCCAAGGCGGCAUCAGCCCAACCUGGAUCGACAGGGUCUUUAAGGGUGGACUUAGAUUUUGUUGAUUCUGAAGACGAGGAAGAAGAUUUUGAGCUUAUUAAACGUAAACUGGUUCCUAGUCAACCUAAGAAACAAGUUGAAGGUGCCUCUGAAGCUACAGCAACAAAGAAGCCUGACGCGGGUUCUAUGGUCACUGGCCAGGACACAGUUUCACAAUCUAUACCUGAGUCCAAUCAAACGCCAGACACAACUACCGAUAAUGACCAAGACCAAUUUGAACACCGCUAA